AGCUAUUGUGCAUUGAACCUUGUUUAGGUUUGCAUUUGCGUGACUUCAGUCGUGAGUGUCGAUAUGGGCCGGAGACCUGCUAGAUGUUAUCGAUAUUGCAAAAAUAAACCUUAUCCUAAGUCAAGAUUUUGUCGUGGUGUCCCAGACCCAAAGAUUCGAAUCUUUGAUCUGGGUAAGAAAAAAGCAGACGUUGAAGAAUUUCCUCUAUGUGUUCAUAUGAUAUCAGAUGAAUACGAACAGCUGUCCAGUGAAGCAUUAGAAGCUGCUCGUAUUUGUGCAAACAAAUAUCUGUUGAAGCAUUGUGGGAAAGAUUCAUUCCAUGGUCGGAUACGCGUUCAUCCAUUUCAUGUGAUCCGCAUCAAUAAAAUGCUUUCGUGUGCUGGGGCUGAUCGUUUGCAAACAGGUAUGAGAGGUGCAUUCGGAAAACCCCAGGGGACAGUUGCACGCGUUGAUAUUGGACAAGUUAUAAUGUCAGUUCGUGCUCGUGAUCAACAUCAAGCUCAAGUUGUUGAAGCUCUCAGACGUGCCAAAAUGAAAUUCCCAGGUCGGCAAAAAAUAGCCGUGUCACGUAACUGGGGAUUCACAAAAUGGCCUAGAACUAGUUUUAACGAAAUGCGUGCCAAAGGACAACUAGUUUCGGACGGUGUUGGUGUGAAGUACCUUCCUCCUCAUGGCCCCUUAGAACAAUGGAAACAAACGCAGGCACGUCUAGCUGGAAUCACUGUAUAAAAAUAAGACUACAAUACAUAUUUGGUAA